AUCUAACAAAGUUAGCUUGAAUAGAUGUCUUGCAUCAUGCAUCAUUCCUGUCUACCUUAGACAGUCCUUAAACUCGGCUAAUCUACGUGCCGUGUCUACAUGUACUCAAGUCAAGAACCCCCUGUUACAGCUUGUAACUCUGAGACCAUUAAAUUCAUUUUGAGUCUUUCAACCCUGGCCUCCAAAUGGCUAAGAAGGCUGUAGAACAGAACUUGUCAUGCCCACUUUGUUUUGAAACCUUUGAUGAGCCGACCAUCCUGACUUCGUGUGGACACACUUUUUGUCGGAAAUGUCUGAAGAAUUAUGACAAGUCCCGAUCCCGUGAGGAAGGCGAUCUCAAUUACAUGGUGUGUCCCAUCUGCAGGGGGAUCACAGAGUUUAAAUCUACCAACCGUGUUGAUGUUUUCUGCCCUAACCUGUUGGUCAAAGGCCUGGUAGAUGAUGUGAAAGAUGUCCUUGAGAAGAAGAAUCUAAAAUGCACUGCCUGCAGACUACAAGGGGAGGCCGUUUCGUUCUGUAAAACCUGUGACUGUUACUUGUGUAAGGACUGCCUGACGAGUCAUCGGAACAUGUAUAACUUAUUUGAAGGUCAUGAGAUUAUCUCAUUGGAGGAUGUCAGAAAAGGAAAGGAAGUGAAAAAAAGAAAGUCUGGCACAGAUGAACACCCUAGCAGAAGACCAGCUGAGACUCAUAACCCCUCCAGCUCAACACACAAUGACCCAAAUGCCACGUCCAGUUCCACUUUGAGACAAGUGGCCAUCAAGAUGAUAGUGCUUGAUGAUGGCACCAAGAUUAAAACAAUGCCAGACGGGAGCAAGAUCAAGGUUAUGCCUGAUGGCCGCAAGUUUAAGAUGAAGAGUCUGACUUCAUCCACGGCCCGAACUGCGGAUGCUCGUUCGAGUUCCAGCCGACUGAAUAGUGGAUCCACUGUGCCACCAGAUCCCUCAUCAAAUGCAUCCAGGCAAGAUGAACGUCUUCACCAACCAUCAACCUCAGGUACUAGCGUUGGUGAGCCAGUACAAAGAGCCCUCCAGAACAACACAGGUGGACUCUCUAGCAGAAGACCAGCUGAGACUCGUAGCACCUCAAGCUCGAAGAAAAUUAACCCAAAUGCCAAGCCCAGUUCCAAGUCUAAAGUAAGGGCCGUCAAAGUCAUAUUACUCAGUGAUGGCACCAUGAUUAAAACAAUGCCAGACGGGAGCAAGAUCAAGGUUAUGCCUGAUGGCCGCAACUUUAAGAUGAAGCGUCUGACCUCGUCCUCGGCCCCGAAGUAGAAUAAUGGUUCACAUUCUAGCCAGCUGAGUAAUCCGGCACCAACCAGUCUGAAUUCAUCCAGGCCAGAUGAACAUCUGGAGAAUCCAUCAAGCAGUGAUACCAUUACCUAUCAAGAGCAUUCUUCUUCAUCCGAGUCUGAUUUUGAGAAAACAAGCCCUUUUGAAUCAGAGGAGGAAGAUACUUGGAGUGAGGAAGAUGGGAGUGAAGAUAAUGACUCUUUCGACAACUGGUUUGAUAAGAGCAGCAACACUGAGUCUAGACCAUCAAGUGAUGAUGAAGUGGACAGUGAUGAAGACGAGGAUGACAAUGAUGAAGAAGAUGAGGAGGAAGAUGAUAAUGUAGAGGAUGAGUUGGAUUCUGAUAAUAACGAUGAAGAAGACAAUGACCCCCUGCUAGAAAGGAUUUUCUAAGAAGGUGAAGUAUGGAGAGCCUGUUCAGAAGAAUCCAGGCCAAAAAAGGAAGUAUGAAGAGAGUGAUGAGGUGUAUAGUUCAGGUGAAGAUUAUUAGGAUGAUCAGGCCUUUGGAUUGUAAUACAUCUUUACAUAUGAACCAGCAGCCUUAUAUAAAUAGAUAAAGUAUACAAUCUACUUACUUUGAACUUCAGUGUUAUUGUGACAUAUUUAUUUAUCUAAAUGAUGAAAGAAAGAGUUCCAUGUUAUAAGGAUAUAUAUAUUACAGAAUAGUUGUUUUCAAUUUUAUUUAUUCCGCAAUAGCGAUCCCGUUAAUAUUAUGAAAGCUUAAUGGCUUUCUAAGAGAAUAUCUUAUAUUACAAGCUAAAUCUCUAUCAAAACUACAUGACUGCAAUUUUCUCUUCUCCUUGCUCAAAAUGUCUGAAAAAUAGUUUUUUACCCACUCUCUUUUUCUUUAACCCUUUCUUUUUGUCCUAAUAUUUCUUUCCUUUCAGGGAAUGAGACCAUGGGGAAAUUUUUUCUUUCGGUUUGAUGGUGAUUUGCUGUGAUUAAUAGUUUUUAUAAUAUGAGGUGGUGUUGUGUUCCUCUUUUGUCUAUGUUCCUUCCCCUUGUUCUCAUUUUCCCUUCUAUUUGACACAUUUUUAAGAGUAUUUAUUAUAUAUACUUGACUAUUUUAUUCUUUUUAUAUGAUACAUAUGAAUAUAUACCUUUAAUUUGUACAUAAGACGGUAUUGGUCCUGGGGACUGUUCUUUUUUUUCCCUGCCUGCAUACAUGUAGCAAGACAUAGACAUUGAUUUUUAGAGAGCAGCUGUGUGGUCAGCAUCAAAUGUUAAUUAGAUUUUUUAAGAUUUUAAAAUGUUAAUUAUGUAAUAUCUCUGAAAAUUUUAGAAAAUGUGUCACUAAUCAUUUGGUCUGAAUAUUCGAGUUUACCAUCUUGCGUUAUCAAUAGAAAGUUAAAACCAAAGAUUAAGAUUUUGAAUUAUGUAAAACUUUGAUAGAAUAGUUAUCAGGUAUCAGCACUUGGAUGAAUAUAAUUUCAGGUCACUGGUCAUUUCAGAUCAAUGAACUUUGAUAAAAUUGAUAUUUUGUCCAUUAUACAGUGCGUCCCAGAAAAAACGAAACCGAGA